CUGCGCAAACAUACUGGCAACUCCAGAUAUCGCUCAAGGCAUGAGCUUUCCAAUGUCACACUGGCAUCUCGACUCAAAGUUGCCCUUACUCGCCCGUUCCUCAUGGUCACCGAACCGAUAAUCAUUCUAUGGACUCUAUACAUUACUGUUGUAUACAUUGUCCUUUUCACCUUUCUUGACGGAUAUCCGUUUAUUUUCCAGAAGACAUAUGGCGUAUCGCAAGGUCUUACAAACCUUAUUUUUAUUGCCAUGUUUAUCGGGAUAUCGUUGAUAGUCUUCGCGGUACCCUUUAUUUACCGCCUUACAGCACGAGCGGUUAAAGCUGGAGGCUCCAAUGGCUUCAAUCCAGAAGUUCGUCUUUGGUAUGCCAUGAUAACAGCUCCUGCUGUUCCAAUUUCACUUUUCUGGAUGGGUUGGACCGAUAACCCGUCUAUCAGCAUCUGGUCUCCUAUAAUCAGCUCUGUUCUCUUCGGUUACGGAACGGUCGGUAUUUUCAUCAGCACAACUAUGUACAUCAUCGACUCGUACGAAAUGUAUUCUGCAUCAGCACUUACAUUCGUUGUUUUGAUAAGAUACAUAGUGGCAGGAGGAAUGACCGUGGCGGGUCUACCGAUUUACGAACGAUUAGGUGUUCCCUACACAUGUACAAUUCUCGGUUGUGUAUCGGCGGUGAUGGUACCGCUUCCCUACGCCAUGUACCGCUGGGGGCAUGUUGUUCGGCUGAGGAGCAAGUAUGCUACCUCAAAGGAAUUCUAG